UUUCUUUUUUUCUUUUUUUUCUCCAAAUUUUUUCCGGAGAAAAAUCGGUGGAAACCUAGACACAUUGGCCGGAGCCACGGAAUUUUCCGGCGAUCCAUGAGGAAUCCGGGAGGCGGCGGCUCUCCUAUGGGCCGUCCUUGGCCUCUAAUGGCCUUGGCUCUUUCCAUGCUUGUUGUUUCAAGCAAUGUAGGUUCUACCUCUGCUCAUGACCCUUACAUAUAUAAUUCUCCACCACCACCACCUUACGUAUACAAGUCUCCUCCACCUCCAUCACCUUCUCCGCCGCCGCCUUACGAGUACAAGUCCCCACCACCGCCAUCGCCCUCUCCGCCUCCGCCUUAUGAAUACAAGUCCCCGCCUCCGCCAUCGCCCUCACCGCCACCGCCAUACUAUUACAAGUCGCCUCCACCUCCUUCUCCUUCUCCACCACCACCUUACCACUACAAAUCUCCACCACCACCAAAACACUCGGAAAAGCCACCAUACUACUACAAGUCGCCUCCACCUCCAUCUCCUUCCCCACCACCACCUUACUACUACAAAUCUCCACCACCACCACCACCAAAACACUCGGAAAAGCCACCAUACUACUACAAGUCACCACCUCCUCCGUCUCCUUCCCCACCACCACCUUACUACUAUAAAUCUCCUCCACCGCCGUCUCCUUCGCCUCCACCGCCUUACUACUACAAGUCACCGCCUCCUCCUUCACCAUCACCGCCGCCGCCAUAUUACUACAAAUCACCUCCACCGCCAUCACACCCCGUGAAGCCACCCUACUACUACAAGUCUCCGCCCCCACCAUCUCCCUCUCCUCCACCACCGUACCAUUACACGUCCCCACCACCACCAAAACACUCAGAAAAGCCACCGUAUUACUACACAUCCCCACCACCACCAUCGCCAUCUCCACCACCACCUUACUACUACAAAUCUCCACCACCACCGGUAAAGUAUCCUCCACCAGUUUACUACUAUAAGUCUCCACCACCGCCGUCACCAUCUCCACCCCCGCCUUACUACUACAAGUCUCCGCCACCACCACCAAAGUCUCCUCCUUACUACUACCAUUCUCCACCACCGCCUUACCAUUACACGUCUCCGCCACCACCGGCAAAGUCUCCGCCUUAUUACUACCACUCUCCGCCGCCACCUACGCCAUACUACCCGCACCCGCACCCGCACCCGCACCCUCUGAUAGUCAAGGUGGUCGGAAAGGUCUACUGCUACAGAUGUUACGACUGGGCGUACCCGGAGAAGUCUCACGACAAGAAGCACCUCAAAGGCGCUGUGGUUGAGGUUACUUGCAAGGCAGGUGAGAAGGAGAUCAAGGCCUACGGCAAGACAAAGAUCAAUGGCAAAUACAGCGUCGCCGUUGAAGGCUAUGACUACCACAAAUACGGAGGCGAAGCCUGCACGGCCAAGCUCCACGCAGCCCCCAAGGGCUCUCCAUGCAACAUCCCAACCAAGCUCCACAAGGGCGACAAGGGUGCCAAGCUCAAGGUGAAGUCUAAGGACAAGUACGAGGUUGUGCUCUCGGCAAAGUCUUUUGCCUAUGCUCCAAAGACCCCUUACAAGGAGUGCCACAAGCACAAGCCUGAGCACCCGCCUUACGUGUACAAGUCUCCGCCUCCACCGGCCCCAACUUACAUCUACAAGUCUCCACCACCGCCGCCACCUUAUGUUUACAAGUCACCACCCCCACCACCUCCAAAAUACGUAUACAAGUCUCCACCACCUCCUGUUUACUACUACAAGUCACCACCUCCGCCAUCUCCUAAAUAUGUUUACAAGUCUCCACCGCCGCCGAAUUAUGUCUACAAGUCACCUCCUCCGCCACCUCCAAAGUACCUUUACAAGUCCCCACCACCUCCAACAUACUACUACAAGUCUCCACCGCCACCCUCUCAUUCCCCACCUCACCACCCUUACUACUAUAAAUCCCCACCACCACCAUCACCAUCUCCACCUCACCACCCUUACUACUACAAGUCUCCACCGCCACCCUCUCCUUCCCCACCACACCACCCGUACUACUAUAAAUCCCCACCACCACCAUCACCAUCUCCACCUCACCACCCUUACUACUACAAGUCUCCACCGCCACCCUCUCCUUCCCCACCACACCACCCGUACUACUAUAAAUCCCCACCACCACCAUCACCAUCUCCACCUCACCACCCUUACUACUACAAGUCUCCACCGCCACCCUCUCCUUCCCCACCACACCACCCGUACUACUAUAAAUCCCCACCACCACCAUCACCAUCUCCACCUCACCACCCUUACUACUACAAGUCUCCACCGCCACCCUCUCCUUCCCCACCACACCACCCGUACUACUAUAAAUCCCCACCACCACCAUCACCAUCUCCACCUCACCACCCUUACUACUACAAGUCUCCACCGCCACCCUCUCCUUCCCCACCUCACCACCCUUACUACUAUAAAUCCCCACCACCACCAUCACCAUCUCCACCUCACCACCCUUACUACUACAAGUCUCCACCGCCACCCUCUCCUUCCCCACCUCACCACCCUUACUACUAUAAAUCCCCACCACCACCAUCACCAUCUCCACCUCACCACCCUUACUACUACAAGUCUCCAACAUCCCCGCCGCCGCCAUCUCCAUCCCCACCUCACCACCCUUACUACUAUAAAUCCCCACCACCACCGUCGCCAUCUCCACCUCAACACCCUUACUACUACAAGUCCCCACCACCACCCUCUCCAUCCCCACCUCACCACCCUUACUAUUAUAAAUCACCACCACCACCAUCACCUUCCCCUCCUCCACCGUACAACUAUACAUCCCCACCACCACCAAAACAUGUAGAAAAGCCUCCCUACUACUACAACUCUCCACCCCCACCUUCUCCAUCCCCACCUCACCACCCUUACUACUAUAAAUCUCCACCACCACCAUCACCAUCUCCUCCACCACCAUACUACUACAAGUCCCCACCACCACCGUCGCCAUCUCCACCUCACCACCCUUACUACUACAUGUCUCCACCGCCGCCCUCUCCUUCCCCACCUCACCACCCUUACUACUAUAAAUCCCCACCCCCACCAUCACCCUCUCCUCCACCACCAUACUACUACAAGUCUCCACCACCGCCCUCUCCAUCCCCACCUCACCACCCUUACUACUAUAAAUCCCCACCACCACCGUCGCCAUCUCCACCUCAACACCCUUCCUACUACAAGUCCCCGCCCCCGCCAUCUCCAUCCCCACCUCACCACCCUUACUACUAUAAAUCACCACCACCACCCUCUCCAUCCCCACCACCACCACCCUCUCCAUCCCCACCUCACCACCCUUACUAUUAUAAAUCCCCACCACCACCAUCCCCAUCUCCUCCACCACCAUAUUACUACAAGUCUCCUCCACCGCCAUCACCUUCCCCUCCUCCACCGUACCACUACACAUCCCCACCACCACCAAAACAUGUAGAAAAGCCUCCCUACCACUACGAGUCUCCACCCCCUCCCUCACCCUCUACUCCCCCACCAUACCACUACACUUCCCCACCUCCUCCUUCACCAUCUCCACCGCCCCCGUAUUACUACAUAUCGCCCCCUCCACCGGUGAAAUCACCGCCACCUCCCGUUUACAGUUACGCUUCCCCACCACCUCCGACACACUAUUAGGGCCAAAACUUCCAGUCCAAUACCAAUACCGCUCAUGUUUUAGUUUGAAAAGUGGAAUAAAAGAAGUCUCCAUUAGGGCACACCAAGCUUACAAUCCAAGUUCAUUCAAUAAGGAUCUGGCAAUACCAUCCCUGAGAAAUGACCUACAUAUUUCAACUUCUGUGGUGACAGCAAUAUUGCAAUUACUUUUGUUGUUUUCUAUAAGUUGGAGUAAUAAAAAUUAAGAAAAAUGUGGGGAUUGGAGAUUAAGCUAGGGUAUAUGAACGUUGCUUGGUUCAUGCGUCACUUUGGCCGUCUGAUUUCCAAAAAUUACUUUUUUUUUUAAUAUAUAGAGUAUUCACAUAAUUUUAUUAUUGUAUAGAACUAGUCAUGUGGCCAUGUAACUGUACGGUACCGUUUUGGACUUCUAUUUAUUUGUGGAGAUCACGAUCAUAUAUAUGUUUGUCAAAGCUUCCUGUAUGCCUUUUAGGCUCCGAGAUUGUUAGUAAUAAAGGAAGACAUCUCUGUUUUUCAGAA